GAGAAGAGAUUUACCACAUUUUGAAAAAAAAAAAAAAUUAAACCAUGUAUGUUUUUUCUGGCAGCAUUCAGUGUUAGACAUCUUAUAAGCAUAACAAAAUAAAAAAACACAUCUUUUAAAUAAUACUUUAAAAAAUAGUUUCCAAGUUCCAAAGUCCAUUUCUUCCGGAUUUACCUUAUGCAACUGAAUUAAACUGAAUUAAAAGUCUAAUAAGAGUCAUGUAAAAAAAGGUAAAUGAAAUAAUCAUAAAGUCUUCAAUUCGAAUUCUCCUCGUUAUCAGAUUCAUCAAUUGCGACCAAUUUAAAAAAAUCUUCUAGAACAUGCCUAGUAAUAUCCGCUAAUUGCACGACAGUCGAUAAAAACAGACACAACAACUCAUCAUAAUAAUUAAUAAAUUAUAAUUCAUGGCUUAUUUCUGUCGAUUAGGAAAAAAGAAUCAAUGCAUUUGCUCAUUUCUUGGACAUUUUUUAUUUGCUUAUUAAUAGACCAACUCCUACUGAUAAAAUUCGACAAAAAUAGUCCCCCACGUGCGUCAUAUUAUUGCCCGUUCCGUGUGGUACCCAAAAAACGCGUGUUUUCCGUCCAUUUCCUUGAUGUCCAAUUCGUGUUAAUGUGUAAAUAAGAUUACAAUGCAGUAAUUUGACCCCCCGAUCCGGUUAUUCCCAGUUUCCAAUCAGUGAUACUAAAUACGAAAAAUUACAACAUCAAUUGUGUUGCAAUUUACUCAAUCUCGGUUGGGGGCUUUGUGAUAAUUUAUCUCGAGCCAAAAAUACAUCCAUUGUGAAAUUUUCACGUAAAGUGUGAUCAAAAAACAAUUUCGAUUGAAUUGUUUACAUCCUGUGUAGACACCUCACCGGAAAUUGAUAAGAGAUUACUCGAUUCCAUGAAUGAGGUGUUAACAGAUCAUUCAUAAACGUAGCUGUUAUCAGAAAGUAGUAUCAAGGUGAUAAGGAGGAUGCACCUCUGAGAAAAAAUUGUGAAAAUUAUUGCGACUUGUGGAAUUAUUUCGACGGUUAUCAGCGACUUGAAACCAGUUACGGGGUCAAUAAAUGAGCAACGUUUAUCAAGCCCCUCUGACCAUAAAAACCAGCAAACUAGAAUUUUCUAGUUAGUAUCGACUUUAGAAUGACUUUCUUCAGACUUAUCUUAAGUCUACUUUGCCCCCCGCCAAUCCCAAACCAAUCAAAUCCAAAUGGUAACAAGACGUUUAUUAUCAAUAUUUAAAUUUACACAAUAUGAUUAUUUUUAUACUUGAAACAAAACAAAUUUCAAGUGGUUUGUUCCUCUCCUCGAGUGGAUCAGAAAGAGAUAGAGAUGGAUGUGUUCUUAUCACAACUUAUAUAAACUGAAAUUUCUCCCGAUUUGUCUUAUUUGAAAUCAGAAGUUGGUGCCAGCAAAAUGCUUUUGUUUGACUGCAGAAUGAUCGAGGGCCAACCCCUCCACUACUACUACCAACCCUACCCUGAAUAUUUCUACCCCUACAAAAUGGAAAUUAAUGAAAUUAGAGAAGACAUAAUCGUCCCCAGUUCACCCAAUAGCACUCAGAGCGACAGUGAUAACUCCCUAUCGAGCAUCGAAGUCUCCCCUAAACCAAUCCGGGCCCGGAGCGUCAUCCAACACACCCCCAAAAGCCCCAAAACAAACGAAGUCCGAUGCGGGUGGAAGUCCUGCGGGAUCACUUUCGACUCCCUAGACCAACUCGCCAGUCACGUGACCAAAAUCCACGCAUCCAGUGGCCCCGGAGGAUUAUUCUAUUGCGGGUGGGAAGGCUGCUCCAGAAAUAGCAAGGGAUUCAAUGCUAGGUACAAAAUGUUGGUACACGUGCGAACACACACGAACGAAAAACCGCACCAGUGCUACCAAUGUGACAAAUCCUUUUCGCGCGCUGAAAAUUUGAAAAUCCACUCGAGGUCACACAGCGGGGAAAAACCGUACGUGUGUCCGGUUCCGGGCUGUAACAAGGCGUACUCGAAUUCCAGUGAUCGGUUUAAGCACACUAGGACGCACCAAGUUGAGAAACCUUACCAAUGCAAAGUCCCCGGGUGCCCCAAGAGGUACACUGAUCCCAGUAGUCUCCGGAAACAUGUCAAGACCUACAAACAUUUCGUCGACAAGGUGGAUGAAAAUGUCAAAAAUAACAGUAUUGAGAAGGUACAAGAAGCGCAUUCGUGCGAUUGCACACACAUGUGUUGCGCGGGGAAGGAUAAGGUCCGGUUCGGGGGUUUGAUUGGGUACAUGACGGAAAGUCCGUACUUUUUCGCACCCCAGCAGGAAAUGGAUGUGGACGUGCCGUUGGAUUUGAGUAUUAAUAGGAAAGUUUGACUUUUAAGAGUAUUGUGUUUGUUAGAGUAGAUCGUAUUUAUUUUAUUUAAUUUUGUUAAUGGCAAUAAGACAUUGUGAUAACCUUUUUAUAUUUAUUGAUGCAGAGCUCUGCUUAUUUAAUAAAAAUGAAACCAGU